AUGCAAAUCCAAAAGGCCCUCAGAUGGAUAUGGCAAGUCAAAAAUGAGGAAUACCAUAGAUGCAAGUUUGUGAGUGCGCAAUAUCUUCUUGACCAGGUUCAGUCCUCAUACAUGGAGUUUUUGGCGGUGCAGCCGACUUCCUCCCUUCCUCCUAGGUCGGUUGGCUUUCCGGCUAAGUGGGUUAAACCUCAGGUUUCCUUCCUCAAGUUAAAUGUGGAUGGUGCAAUAGAUGAUGAAAGAGGAGUUAGAGGCCUGGACGUUGUUCUUCGAAAUGAGUUGGGGAAUGUGCUUUUGGCAGUUUCUAAAGAAUUGCAAGGUAGGUUCAAUCCUAAAGUUACUGAGAUCUACGCAGCAGCUUUGGGAUUGCAAGUGAUCUACAAUUCUGGUUUUUAUUCUUUCUCAUAUAAUUAUGAAGUUUGA